AUGGCAACCCAGCAGGGACCGGCUCGCCGUAACGGCGUCAGUGGAUUCCAGGUGACGGGUGCCCCCACCCCCGCCAUCCCUCUGAUCGCCCGGCCCCGCAAGGGACCCAUUGGCCCCCAGAUGGUCCCAGGUCCUUCUUCGACUGCCAAACCUUCCUCUUCUCUCAUCAACCAGGGUCCUCCGCACAGGAUCACCCCCCUGGUGGGCCCCGACACAGCCCAUUCCACCCCCAUCGGUGCCCGACCAAGUCAAGCACAGCGCGAAGUCAGCGCUCUUAACGAAAGACUGAGUGAUGCCGAAGCGACAAUUCAUCGGCAGGAGAUGGAGCUAAGCCGUGCCAGGUCCCAGGCCUCGGCCCUCCAAUCUAAAAUCACUUCAACGCAGCGCAGAACCACUUGCUUUGUUGAGCAGCGACAGAUGGAAAUGCUGUGCAAAAAAUCUACUAGCAACCGGGCUAGAGAAAUCGAUGCCCAGUUCCAGAUCCUAGACCAUCAAUUGGACCAGGUAUCUGAAGAUCUUGAACGGGCGGAAGGAAAAAAAGCCGCCCUCCAAGAUGUCCGGCGAGCUAUUGAAAAGGACCGUAGAGACCUUCAGGAUCUGCGGCAAAUAGUCGCUGCGGCAGGCUAUAGCCUGCAACGCCAAAAGCGCCUCGCGGGUGCAGAGGACCGAGUCAAAGGCCUCUUUAAGAACUUGGAGAAAAUGCUUGCUGCGGCCAUGCAAGGCACAAGGGGAAGCCAGGUCCAGACUCGCAAGGCACCAAUUGCUGAGUCUUCGACCCACCCCGUGGGCAUUGAGCGUCGCUAUGCCGUGGGAUGCCAGGAACCAGGCUCCCAUGGGCAAGCAUUUGAUCCUCACCCGCGGGAGCUCGGUAAAGGAAAGGAACGUGGCCCGAGAUCGCUCCAGCCCGAGGAUCACGAGGUUAAUGCGUACAUCAGCAUAGACAUUGGCGACGCCGACUGCUCCGUCAGAUCUCGAUCGGAAAGUCCCAGCGUUCUUUCUGAUUUUAUGUCAUUGGAUAGUCGCAAAUCAUCACGCGCUGGAUCACCCAUGAACGUGAAAACUGAGGCCACGGAACAGGAACUUGCCGCCCAUAUGUUGCAGGCAGAUGAGUCGCAGGUGGGCGACCAAAAUGCAGCGGUGCAAGAAGCACCAGCUACCACCCUUACUAUCACUCCCCAGCAAGUGGAGAACAACGACAUGAUGAUAAUCGAAAACCAACUCUUUUACUCCGAAGUUGCAAAGUUGAAUGGCGAGGCCACUGACGGCUACAUGGAAUGGGAUUGGGAGCCAGCACAGAAGAUCACCUUCUACAACAAAGAUGACCUGGCGGCUCCGAGCCAGGCAUCUAGUGGUCAGCCCCCACUCAUUCCCGCAGUCACUGCCAAUGCCGAUGAUGUCCUGAUGGUUGCUGGUCAGAUAUCCAGCGCCGUGAUUCCCCCGGAUUCCGCCAAUGCCAGUUUUAUUCCGAUUUCGCCCCGACUUGGUCACACAAUCGCAGAAGGUGUGAUGAUUGCCCGUGAAACCCCCAAGUUGCCGAGCGAUCGCGACCGGGUCUUCAAACGACGGGACCGUCUUACCGGAAGUCGUCGGCGUUACGUACGCCGGAGGGUGAUAGAGUUCGUCAAUCUCCCUGUGCGAAAACGCAGAGCGGGAAUUGUCGAGUUCAGCGAAAACGAAGGACCAAACUGCAAGAAACGGAUCACAAAAGAGAUGGUGGAAGCCAACGGAUCGCUUUUGCUUUCCCUUUCUGAGGUGUAUGUGAUGAACACAGCCCCGAAAGUGCCGGAAAUGAGUGUGCCAGCUGUUUCGCAGCCAACUCUGACUGCUUUGGAGUACACUGAGUCUGUUAAGACCGAUCAGGCAGUCACGAGUGAGCCAGCUGUCUCUCAGCCAACUUCGACUGUUCUGGAGCACACUGAGACCGUCUCGACCGAGCAGGUGCCCUCUGAGGCAGCUAUGAGUGCGCCAGCUGUUCCCCAGCCGACUCAAGCUGGCUUGGAGUCCACUAUGCCCGAGUCUGGUGUGCUUGAGUACACUACUCCCGCGUCAACUGUGUCCAUCCCAUCUGAUGAAGUUGUGGGUGCGCCUGCUCCUAGUGAGCCAGCCCCAAUUAAGUCAACCCAGACUGAGCAAUCGUCAGCUGAUGAAAUUCUGAGUGUGCCUGCUGUUACUAAGCCGACUCCGAAUGAAUCAGAUCUGACUUGGCAGACCGAGAAUGAGGUUGUUGUUCCGAUCCUGCGGACCGGUACUCGUUCGCACCUCGAUGUGUUGCUUGCGAUGCGAGCGGCAAGGACUCAAGCUCAUCCUAGCAUCAUGUCUUCUCCUGAGGGGUUGCAGGUCACAGCAACCCCUCGAAUUAUCUCCACCUCUUCCCUGGAUGCCAGUCCUGAAGACGCUUCGGUCAAGAAUGCCGUUGCAACAGGGACAGAUUCCCGUGCGGGGGUUUCGAAAGGCACCAAGAGGGUCGAGGACGCCGAAAUCCAGACUUGCAGCGCUCAACAGACUGCAGGAGAACUGCGGGAGGAAAUGGGCGGAGAAGAGGCAACGACUUCUGGUCAUCAAAUGCCAGGAGCUUGGCCUUCCGACCCACCCGCCGUCACUGUGUCUGACGAGUCAGACAUGCAUGAGAUAUCGGCUUUGCUGAGGGGAUUGUGGACAGGAACUCGUUGGCUCUCCUUUGGUGUAUUCCUCAUGGUGAUGGUGAUGCUGCUGUCUUUCCCCCUGUGGGCAGAUCACCUUGAGCACCUGGCAUACGCCUUGGAGGGUCCUGAACAGUUCCUGGAGGAACUGCGCUGGGAGCACGGGUAUGACGUUCCAUUCUUGGAGCGGAUUAUCUAUGUCUUCCUCCGUUGUUUUGCCGGAGAUCGGACUUUGUUCGGUUAA